AUGAUCUCAUGGACAAGGUCAUCGAUAUUGCGUUUUAGUGGCUUUGCGAUUAUUUGCGGUGUUGGCAUAGGGUUGGCGGUUCUACUGGGUAUAACAAUUGCAGACACUUAUUCAGUAUCAAAAGAAAUAGAAAGUAAUUUAAAAACCCCUUUUGAAUUAAAUGACUUUUUAUCGGGAGCGUAUUCAGGGAAACUAUUUAAUGGUUUUUGGAUAACAGAUAAUGACUUUUUAUUCAAAAACAAAGAAGGAGAUGUAUUAAAAUUUAAUGCUGAUACCCAAACAAAAAGUAUAUUUUUAGAAAAAUCUGUUUUGGAUAAUUAUAAGGGCGCUGUUAUAAAAGUAUCUGAAGAUCAAAAAUUUGUUCUUAUUGAAUACAACGCUAGCUCGGUUUUUAGACAUUCCAAAAAAUCUCAAUUUGCAGUUUACGAUUUAACAACAAAUAACUCGCAUGAUUUACAUGACAAAAAAUUUAUUCAAUAUGCUUCAUUCGAUAAAAUGGGCCACUCAAUCGCAUACGUUUAUGAAAAUAAUAUUUAUUACUUAAAGGACCCUGAAAAUGCUGAUAAUCCUAAACAAAUUACUAAGGAAGGAGUACCUUCAGUAUUUUAUUGUGGUGUACCGGAUUGGGUAUACGAAGAGGAAGUUUUGGGAACUGGAUCAGCCAUGUGGUUUUCUCCAGACGGGCAAAAGUUGGCUUUUGCUACUUUUGAUGAUACCAAUGUCGAUAAUUUUACUUAUAUUAUUUAUGGAGAACCUGGAUCUUUAAAAGAUCAGUAUACCACACCAGUAACCAUUAAAUACCCCAAGGUAGGAACCCCAAACCCAAUAGUAAAAUUGUACAUCUACAACUUAGAAACCGACGCACUCAUAAAACCAAUUAUAGAAGAAGAAAAUAACGAGAAAGACUUUAUUCUAUACGAUGUAACAUGGGUAAAUAAUGACCAAGUAUCCCUAAUUUCAUCCAACAGAGUACAAAAUAAAGCCACCAUAACUAAAUGCUCUCUAAACGGAAAAUGCGAAGAAGAACAAAAAUUUAGUGAAGAAACGGGUUGGUUGGAUCCUAAAAUUCCUCUAUAUGAUAAAAAAGGUACCUGGAAAUUGGAAAUAUUGCCGAAGGAAGAGGGCAAUGAUCGUUUUGAUCACCUGGUUAUAACAGAUUUAGUAAAUCAAUCCUCACUUCAGUUGACCUUUGGCAAAAAAAUUGUCACUAAUAUUUAUGGGUGGGAUGAGGAUCACGACAUAAUAUAUUAUGCAGGAACUGCUGAAGAUACCCCAUCUCAAAUGCAUAUUUACUCUGUUAACUCAAAAGGUUAUGGAAACGAUAAAUGUUUGACAUGCGAAAUGAAAGUACAAGGUGUUAAUUGCACCUAUGCUGUAGGACUUUUCAGCAAGGAUAAUUCUUACUACACUAAAGUUUGUAAAGGACCCAAAGCACCAUUUGUGACUAUUGAAGGAUUAAAACAUGAUUUAUCGAUUGUAUGGGAAAAUAACUCGGCUUUGAAUGAAAAAUUAGAAAAUAAACAACAACUAACUAGUAAGGAUCUUAAAGUAAAUGUCAGCAACGGUUUUCAAGCUAGAGUACGAAUUUUGGUACCUGAAGAUUUUGAUGAAAAUAAAGUUUAUCCCACGAUAGUUUAUGUAUAUGCAGGUCCAAAUUCAAACCUUAUAUCUGAUGCAUAUGCAGUGGGUUUCGAAAACUACUUGGUAUCAAAUAAAAAGUAUCUAUAUGUUUUAAUAGAUGCAAGAGGAUCUGGCAAAGACGGCAAAAAUAAAUUAUUUGAACUUUAUAGGAAAUUGGGCACCAUUGAAAUUGAGGACCAAAUAGCGGUCACUAAGUACUUACAAGAUAAUUACAAAUUUAUUGAUAAGGAGAAUACAGGCAUUUGGGGUUGGAGUUAUGGCGGGUUUACUACAGGUUGGGCUUUGGUAAAAGAUAAAGAAAAUAUUUUUAAAUGUGGAAUAUCAGUGGCACCCGUCACAGACUGGAUUUACUAUGAUUCUAUUUACACUGAAAGAUACAUGGGUUUACCUAAAUCAGAUGACAAUCUUGAAGGUUAUAAUAAUUCAGACAUAACCAGAAAUGUGGAUGGUUUUAAAAAUAAAACAUAUUACCUAAUCCAUGGUAAUGCAGACGAUAAUGUUCAUUACCAACAAUCCAUGGUUCUUUCUAAAGCUCUGGAAGCAGCGGACAUUUUAUUUGAACAACAGAGUUAUCCAGAUGAAAAUCAUUCUUUGGGUCACGUGAGUGCCCAUUUGUACCACAGUAUGGAACGAUUUUGGGAUCGUUGUUUUGAGAGUAGACAUGAAAAUGACCAAAAAGAAAGUUCAAAUGCCAUAUAA